CGCAGGCGCAGUGCUUGGAGCGAGCGUUAGCCGCGCAGGCGCGAUGAAGGAAGGAUGGCGGAGUUGGUACCUUUUGCGGUUCCCACCGACAGUGACAAAACCUUGCUAGUGUGGGAGCUGAGCUCCGGACCCACGGCUGAAGCUUUGCAUGUUCAUCUUGGCACCAGACAUAAGGCAGUUCAACAUCAGGCCCUUCCCCUGAACGGCUCCCAAUGCCAAGAACUGGCGAAUUACUACUUUGGUUUCAAUGGAUGGUCAAAAAGGAUCAUCAAGCUGCAGGAGCUUUCUGACCUUGAAGAAAGGGAGAAUGGAGAUACCAUGGUGCCACUUCCGAAGCAAAGCCUGAAGUUCUUCUGUGCUUUAGAGGUGGUGUUGCCAUCCUAUGAUUGCAAGAGUACUGGCAUUGGCUUGGUGGAGGAGCCUGUGAAUAAGAUGGAGGAAGGACCGCUAUCAUGCCUUAUGAAAAGGAAGACAGCCCAGAAGCUUGCUAUUCAGAAGGCUUUGUCAAACGCAUUCCAGAAACUGUUGAUUGUGGUUCUAGAAAGUGGUAAAAUAGCUGUGGAGUACAGACCCAGUGAAGAGAUCGUAGAUGUCAGAUGGGAAGAGGAGCUACAUGGUUUAAUUCAAAUCAGUUGCUCUCCCUGGAAGCAGCAUGGCCAAGAGGAGAAUGAGUAUCUCGCGGAUUUCAGCUUGGAGGAGGAAGAGUUUAGGCUGCCAGAACUUGACUAGCACUUCUGAAUAUCUCGAAGCAAGGUCCCGUAACUUCCUUGGGAAGCUCUGUCAUGCCCCUACCCCACCCAACCACAACAGGCUGCUGGAGUCCUGGGACCACCUGGGUCUGCUGCCCAAAUCAUUCCUGAUGAACAGGAGGGAGGGGUGUUCUGGUGGGGCGGGAAGGGAGGCUUGGGUGGGAUUGUGGGAUAAGAGUGCUCUGGUGACUGUGAGGAUCUAGACCAGAGCCUAAUAACAGUUGCCUAAAUAAAAAUGUCGUAAAUAAUGGAUGAGGUGGAGCGCACGGUUGCUAGGGGCGCCAGCUUCUAUGGGCUGCCAUGAUGACUGCUGCUCAGUGCAGGGAGCUAACAUAUGUCAUGUUUCAUCUGCCUCUCAGGGGCCCCAUGGCCCCUCCUCACACAACAACUAUUGUAGCUCCUAGCCCAGGAGACUCAACCUCUGGAGUGGUUCCAGGGCCCACUCCAGCUGACCUCCAACCCCCAGAAGCCAACUGAGCCCUGGUCUUCACGCUCCAUCAAUCUCCCACCAGAAUUUCCCCAGCACUUAUCUAGCCCUGCCCCCAACAGACUUGGGGGUCUUUGAUAAUAUGGGGUCCUCUACUUCCUCCCAGAUGUCAGCCUCACCUCAGGAACCUGACU